AUGGCUUCAACAGAUUCUAAAGAAAUUUUGAUCCAAAGAGCUAAAUUAGCAGAGCAAGCAGAAAGAUAUGAUGACAUGGCUGCUGCAAUGAAACAAGUUACAAAAAUGACAGAUGAACCCCUUACUGGCGAAGAAAGAAAUUUGCUCUCUGUUGCAUAUAAAAAUAUAGUUGGUGCUAAACGUUCUUCUUGGAGAGUUAUUACAAGUAUUGAGCAAAAAGCAAAUGACAAGCAGGCACUUGCAGCUCAAUACAGAUCUAAUAUUGAGAAAGAAUUAAAAGGUGUUUGUGAAGAAGUCCUUGAGUUGUUAGCAAAAUAUUUGGUAAACAAGUCUAUUGAGCGAGUUGACCCAGCAAAUAAAAAAACUUUAGAAUCUGCUGUUUUUUAUUUGAAAAUGAAGGGUGAUUAUUAUCGAUAUUUGGCUGAAGUUGCAGUUGAUGAAGAACGAAAACGAGUUAUAUUUGAAGCUGAUGCUGCUUAUAAACAAGCUUCUGAAAUAAGCGAAAAUUUGAUAUCUACUGAUCCAAUCCGUCUUGGACUUGCUCUAAAUUAUUCGGUUUUUCAUUAUGAAAUUCGAAACAAACCAUCAGAAGCUUGUACCCUCGCUAAGAAAGCAUUUGAUGAUGCAAUUGUAGAACUUGAUUCCCUUGCUGAAGAUUCGUACAAGGAUAGCACUCUUAUUAUGCAGUUGCUUAGAGAUAACCUUACCUUGUGGACUGCAGAUGCCGAUGCUACUACCGAAGAAUAG